AUGUCUGGCCUACCAGUUUCUAUUCAAGAUUUGGAAACAAAUCGUUAUCAUAAUUCGCUCCCACCUGUUUUAAGAAGAUUAUUUAAGACUCCAAAAAAUUUAGAUUUUGAAACCGCAAGUUGGGAAAUGGUACACUUGAUAUUCAAACCAAGAAUGGCUUAUAGACAAUUCUAUUACCAACGUCAAACCAAUAAGCAAUGGGCAAGAGAUGAUCCAUCGUUCUUUCUACUUCAGAUUGGAUUAUUAAUGGCAAGUUCUUUAAUAUGGUCAAUUGUUUACGGUCAUUCUGUUGGCGGCUUUUUUAGAAUGAUGUUAAACAUGGUUGUGACAGAUUUCUUUUUAUUUGGGUUUACAGUUGCUACUAUAUUUUGGUUUGUCUUAAACAGACCAAUGUUUAAAUUUAAAUCUGCUGUAAAUUCAAGAGUUGAAUGGGCAUAUUGUUUUGAUGUUCAUUGUAAUGCAUUUCUUAUAAUAUGGGUUUCAAUAUACUUUUUACAAUUUUUAGCAUUACCAAUAUUAAAUAUGGAAAAUUGGUUUUCUUUAGUUGUGGGAAAUACUUUAUAUUGCUUUGCAUUUGCUCAUUAUUUCAUUUUAACCUUUUAUGGCUAUAGCCAAUUGACAUUUUUAAAGAAUAUCAGCUUCAUUCUAUUCCCUUCAUUAUUCUUUGGUGUUUUGUAUAUUAUCAGUUUGGUUGGUAUUAACGUUGCAAGUAGAUUAAGUUUUUACAAGCAUUAG